UCCCCGGCGCCGAUGACACCGUCGCCAGGGCAACGCCGCCAUACUGGCCCCAGCGGAGCCAGGGGCCGGGGCCGAGGUGGGCCGCAACCUCGGGGGCAGAGCGGGCAGCAUGGACAGCCUCUUCGUGGAGGAGGUGGCCGCCUCUCUGGUCAGGGAGUUCCUCAGCAGAAAGGGCUUAAAGAAGACGUGUGUGAUCAUGGACCAGGAGCGCCCACGCUCUGACCUCAGCAUAAACAGCAGAAAUGAUCUCCGCAAGGUUUUGCAUCUUGAAUUUCUCUACAAAGAGAACAAGGCAAAGGAAAACCCUCUAAAAACAAAUCUUGAACUCAUUACGAGAUACUUUCUGGAUCACUUUGGAAAUACUAACAAUUUCACUCAAGAUACUCCAAUCCCUGCACUCUCAAUUCCAAAGAAAAAUAACAAAUUGCCAUCAACAUGCUCAGACACCACGCUGGUAAAUAUAUAUGACCUUGCAGAUGAAGAUGCAGGAUGGAGAGCAUCAUUAUCAGAAACAAGCAAAGCCAGACAUGACAAUCUUGAUGGAGAUGUACUUGGUAAUUUUGUAUCAUGUAAAAGGCCCUUACAGAAAAGUAAGCCAAUGCAGACUAUCCCAGGGGAAAGCCCCCCAGUGGCCCCUGUGUGGGAGAAGAUGGACAAACUUCAGUUGUCAGAGCCUUCCUUGGACACGAAGAGGAUGGGAGAGAAGACCAGGCCAAAGUCUGGCUUGGUCGUCCGAGGCAUGAUGACUGGGCCCGUCGCCAGUUCCCUGCAGGAUUCCUUCCACAGACGCUCCCUGAGGCGGUCACCCGCCUUGAGUGGCAUGACCCCACCCCAUGAGGAAGAGAACCGGAAUGUGCCUGAGCUCGCCACCCACACUGGGGACUGUCCUGCCCCACAGCAGGACCUGGCUUCCAGCAACGGCUCCACCUCCAGGAGCCCUGUGGGCCAGCUCAGUGAGCUGACUUCAGAAAGGCGGAGACCCGCACCCAGCAGCCCUCCUUACAGGCCAAGCAGAGGGCUGCCCCAGAGAGGGAGUGGCAGGUGGAGAGAUCUCUCAGAGGAGAGCCCAGGGGUAGAUGGUGGCCCAGAGGCUGACAGGACGCCGUUGAAGUUCUUCUCCUUGUCAGGGGGGAAUGCCAAGACGGCCCAGGAGAGGCUGGAAAGAGCAUUCAAACGGCAGAUGAGCCAGCCCCUGCCCCUCAGGAAAAGCCAGCUGCCGGUGUCCAGCAAGGCUGAUGGUGAGCCGGGUGUGCUGCGGCUGGAGGAUGUGGAGGGUGAACUGAUAAGGGAAGACGUCAGCCUGCCUCCAGUCCUAUCAACGCUCAAGCUGCAAGUAGUGUCAAAGCCAAUCGACCUCUCAGUGGCAAAGUUUCUUCUAAGAAACCUGAAGAACUUUUGGCCUUGGUCAGCACAGGUUGGUUUGGUUGGAGAUGUUCCAGAGGAUAUAAAGACCCUUCUGUUUGGUUCUAGCUUUUGCUGUUUCAAUGAAGAAUGGAAAAUUCAGAGUUUUUCCUUUAAUGAGGCAGCCUCAUUAAAAUAUGGCAUUGUGCAGAACAAGGGUGGUCCCUGUGGGGUUCUGGCAGCUGUCCAAGGUUGCGUCUUGCAAAAACUCCUGUUUGAAGGCGAUAGCAGUGCUGACUGUGCUCGGCAGCUGCAGCCUUCAAACACCCACAGGACCCACUGCUUGACCCUGGCCAUUGCAGACAUUGUGUGGCGGGCUGGGGGCCAUGAGAGAGCUGUGGUCACUCUGGCUUCGGGAACACAGGAGUUCGGUCCAACAGGGAAAUACAAAGCAGAUGGAGUCUUAGAAACACUCAUACUUCACAGUUUGACCUGCUAUGAGGAGCUGGUGACUUUUCUUCAACAAAACAUCCAUCAGUUCGAAGUGGGUCCAUAUGGAUGCAUCCUGCUCACCUUGUCUGCCAUCUUGUCCAGGUCCACGGAGCUCAUCCGCCAGGACUUUGAUGUCCCUACCAGCCACUUGAUUGGAGCACAUGGGUACUGCACACAGGAACUUGUCAAUCUGCUCCUGACCGGAAAGGCCGUGUCCAAUGUUUUCAAUGAUGUGGUUGAGCUGGAUUCUGGAAACGGGAACAUCACACUCCUCCGAGGCAUUUCUGCGCGCAGUGACAUCGGCUUCUUAUCUCUCUUUGAGCACUACAGUGUGUGCCAGGUCGGUUGCUUCCUGAAGACCCCACGGUUCCCCAUCUGGGUGGUGUGCAGUGAGAGCCACUUCAGCGUGCUCUUCAGUCUGCAGCCAGAGCUCCUGAGAGACUGGAGGGCCGAGAGGCUCUUUGACCUGUACUACUACGAUGGCCUGGCCAACCAGCAGGAGCAGAUCCGGCUGACCAUUGACACCACCCAGACCAUCCCUGAGGACAGAGGCCAUGAUCUUGUCCCACCCCUGGAGCUCUGCAUCAGAACCAAGUGGAAGGGGGCACUGGUGCACUGGAACGGCUCAGAUCCCAUCUUGUGACCCUUCAUGUGGGUAAGCCCUUGGGCUCCAUCACUCAUCACUGGGGGUGACCGCUGAGCCCCAGGCAUGAGGGAGAAGUUCUCUUGGAAGAGUGUCGCCCUGGCCUGGGCCAGCACUGCUGCAGAAGCAUCCAGAGCUCCCUGUCCCUUCCAUUGAAGGGCCUGCCGCAGACUGAGGAGGCUGAGGGUGCUGCUCUGCAGCUCCCUCCUGGCGACGCUGUGACUGCCAAGGACUGGAGGGGGGCUGGCCGCGGGCCCUGCUGCCUUCUGUCUGUAUCCCUCCCUUGUUCCCCGCUGGGCUGUCCCCUCACCACACCUCUGAUACGGUCAGCCUGGGGCCCCUUUGUUGUUCCUGGCACUUGGCUUUCUAUAAAGCAGGGGUCAACCCUGUGCUGAGGA